AGUGCAAAAAUGCAACAACGAUCCGAUGGAGCGCCUACAUCAUCAACAAGCCGGCAUUGCGUUGGUCCACUCACGUCGACACCGCUUGUUUCGAAUACUUUAAAACGAACAUGGCAUGAGAUGGCGAAAAUAUCAACUUUUUCACCGAUAGAACCGAAGCGUACGAGAGAUGAAGAUGGUGCAGUUAACGAGGCAAUGAUUCAGUCAUCGGAAAACAUAUCGGCAUAUCAGGAAUAUCAUAUGAACACAUCACCAGUAUGUAAUGUAUCGAUGGGUGUUCAAAGCACAAGCAAUACGACAUUAGAUGGACAUCAGCAACCACUUCAGACCGCUGUACCGUCUUAUUUCAAUACCCAAAAUGCCUUUGGUGCUUAUUAUGGCUCGAACGCAAGCGAUGUUCAUCAGGUAUUAAGUUAUAAUUUCGAUCAAACAACUGUACACUUUAAUCUUUCCCAGAUUCGAUUUUUACCAAAUGCCGAGCAACCGCCUACACAAAGCUGUGCUGAAGCGGACAGUGGAAAUUACAGCGAUGAUCAAGAAGAAGAUGAGGAUGGAGUAAACAAAGGUGGUUGGAAGUUAUUUUUUCAUUCGAACGAACCGUCAACUGAUAGUGGUGCACCAACUGAAAACAGCAAUGGCAUAGCGUCGAGUAGUUGUUCGUCUCUCGACGAGACAUUUUGUACAGUUCCGGGUCGAACAAGUUUGCUGAGCUCACAACCAAAAUACAAGGUUUCUGUAGCUGAAUUACAACGUCGAAUCUCGUAUCCGGAAUGCCUUAAUGCCUCACUCAUCGGUGGCAUUUUAAGAAGAGCAAAAACGAAAGAAGGUGCAAAUGCACUUCGCAGUCAACUGAUGAAAAACGGUGUUUCGUUGCCGCCAGGACGUCGUCGAGGCGCCAACAUAACCGCAUUUACAUCAUUUGUUGAGGAGGAAGCCGAGCAUUUGGGAAGGGAUUUUGCACAACUUUGUAAUGAGUCAUUCCCGUCUCAACAACUUGGCGAAUUGCUGACACGUCGCACACCACCUGAGCACGCCUUACAGCGGUCAAGAAUGAUUCGUGAUGCCUUAGCAGUUUUACAAGGAUUGCAUGAGGUAUUGCUUACGGAUAAUAGUCCUACAAUAUCACAUCCACAGUCACAAUCAAAUACAGUUCUUGAUCAGCCAACACAAGCUCAACUCACGAAGUUCUCGUUGUUAACCCAUGGCUUUGGAACACCGACUAUCGUGAACGUUCUCCGAACGAUAGUACACACACUCCGCUAUCAUGUUGCUUCCAUUGAAGCUUUCUACAACUUCGAUGAUGCGACCGAGCAGCACUUCAUGGGUUAUCCACCGCCAUUGACCCUUCAGUUUUUCUCUUCGCAACCUCCACAGUUUAAUCAGUGA